AAUGUCUGAGCGAAGCUCCUCGUUACAGUGACCAAGCUCCCCGGUAAGCUGAUCCUGGAGCAGUGUGACUGAUGAACAGUGUACAUUCAGAGUCAGUCAGUGGGACUGAAGCGUGAACAGCGUUCAGAUCACAUCAGUGACGGAACAUUCACCGUUAUCUCACAGAGAAUCCACUGGAUGUGUUUUUCACCUCGAAGCUUCGCUGGUUCUCGGUGUAUGUAUGGAGAGGCAGGUGGUGCAGCGGGCCAGAGAGGCCUACCUGAGCGGCAGGACCCGGCCUCUGGAGUUCAGGUUGCAGCAGCUUCAUGCCCUGCAGAGGAUGAUCACAGAGAAAGAGACUGAGAUUUCCACUGCUCUCAAACAGGACAUCAACAGGAGCCAGUACGACACACCGCUCCUGGAGCUGGUUGGCAUUGAGAAUGAGAUCAAGCUGGCUAUAGAGAAGCUGGCAGAGUGGGCAGCUCCUCGCUCUGUGGAGAGGAACCUCCUCACUAUAUCAGAUGAGGUUUAUGUUCAGCCAGAGCCCCUGGGAGUGGUCCUCAUUAUUGGAGCCUGGAACUACCCCUGGGCUGUCACACUCCAGCCACUGGUUGGUGCUAUCGCUGCAGGCAACGCAGCUGUGGUGAAGCCGUCAGAGCUCAGCGAGUAUUCCUCCCUCCUCCUCCGGGCGCUGUUGCCUCGCUAUCUGGACAAGGACCUUUACCCGGUAGUGACAGGUGGAGUGUCAGAGACCCAGGAGCUGCUGAGGCUGAGGUUUGACCAUGUAUUCUACACAGGCAGCAGCACUGUUGGUAAACUGGUGAUGGAGGCUGCUGCUCGCCACCUCACCCCAGUGACCCUGGAACUGGGAGGGAAGAGUCCCUGCUACAUCGACAAGAACUGUGACAUCAGAAUCGCUUGCCGUCGUAUCACUUGGGGAAAGUUUGUCAACUGUGGUCAGACGUGCAUCGCUCCAGACUACAUCCUGUGUGAACCCUGCAUCCAGGGCCAAGUAGUGGAAUGCAUCCGACAAACUCUGCUGGAGUUUUAUGGAGCCGAUCCUAAAUGCUCGCCGGACUACGGCCGAAUCAUCAACCAGCGUCACUUCAGCAGAGUCAUGAGUCUGAUGGAAGGUUACACUCCUGUGGUAGGAGGACAAAGUGAUGCCUCACAGUGCUACAUUGCCCCGACAGUGCUGAAGGAUGUGCCCCCCCACUCCAGACUGAUGCAGGAGGAGAUCUUCGGCCCUCUGCUGCCCAUAGUGACUGUGAGUGACAUGGAUGAUGCCAUUCGCUUCAUCAAUGAGAGAGAGAAACCUCUGGCGAUGUACAUCUUCUGCAGCGAUAAGAAGGCUACAAAAAGGAUGAUUGAGGAGACCACAAGCGGAGGAGUGACGGUCAAUGAUGUGAUGAUGCACUACACACUCAGCUCUCUCCCGUUUGGUGGUGUUGGUCAGAGUGGAAUGGGCUGUUACCAUGGCAAACACACCUUUGACCAGCUGAGCCACCACAGGGCAUGUCUGGUCCGCUCUCUGGGCAUGGAGAGCGUUAACCUGGCCCGGUACCCUCCUCAGGACCGCCGGCGGGCACGUAGGGUUCGAAUGGCCCUCAAGUCACCCCUGAUCGACAUGUCCAAGAGGACAUUCAUCUGGGCUGUUACUGCCACUGUCAUCGGCUUCGGUCUGUUCAUCACCCUCCUGGUCAUCCUGCUCAUAGCUGCAGGACUCAACUGUACCUGCUGGUACUGGAGAGGGUUUUAUAACUAUUUCUAACCACUCUCUCUUUGUAAGAUCUGUCCAAAGAAGUGCCUGCGAUGUGUGUUCCAUGAUAUGAACACAUGUGAACACACAUGGAAUCCUGUUUUAUAUUCAGAUCAUUUCAAGAUAAAAAAAAGAGGAUAACCCUUAGAUCUAACUUAUAUCUGCUGUGUGUCUUAUUUUGUAUCAGACCAUCAAUGAGCAGUGAGAUGAACAUUUUAAAAUUCUGUCUAAAACCACACUUUUCUCACUGGUUCAGGAAUUUUGUUCAUGAAUGGAGAAAUCCACAGUCUACUUACAGUAUUCAAAAGAUAAAACAUGUAUGUAUUUUUGCUUUUUUUUGUUCCAAAAUAAAAUAAUUGUUGAUAUAUUA